AUGCACUGCAGUGUCGGUUUUGCCUCGCUUCCGCACCCCUGCGUGGAGGCCAGUCAGGGCUGGAAUGUUUGUGGCUAUGGGACUGUCCGCCGUCUUCCCGGUGCUGGAUGGGCUAGCGAUGUAUGGAUUCUCACAGAUGCAGCGCCAAAUCGGCCUUUCCUGGCUGGUGCUGCAGGGGGCUCUGUAUAUCUUUGGUGCCGGCCUCUAUGCGGCGCGCUGGCCUGA